ACUCGGGCAAAGCCUGCGGCGCAGGAGUCCAGCCGGCCCUGCCCUGCCCUGCUGCCCGGAGCGGCGGCGCGAUGUGAGGCGUGAGGGCCGAGGUCCCCAGGCACGCCAGCUCCGCGCCGCGCGGGCGACAGCAUGCGCUAGCCACACGGUGCCAGCAGCCGACAGGACCCCAGCAGCCCAUCCCUGACCUCCAGUGCCGGGCUCACACCCCCCUGCAGAAGCCGGGCUCCAGGACACCAUGGCGGCCAAGCAGCCCCCACCCCUCAUGAAGAAGCACAGCCAGACGGACCUCGUGAGCCGCCUGAAGACCCGCAAGAUCCUGGGCGUGGGCGGGGAGGACGACGACGGCGAGGUGCACCGCUCCAAGAUCAGCCAGGUCCUGGGCAAUGAGAUCAAGUUUGCUGUCCGCGAGCCUUUGGGGCUCAGGGUUUGGCAGUUUGUCUCUGCUGUGCUCUUCUCUGGCAUUGCCAUCAUGGCCCUGGCCUUCCCUGACCAGCUCUAUGACGCGGUCUUUGAUGGAGCCCAGGUCACCAGCAAGACCCCCAUCCGCCUCUACGGUGGCGCCCUCCUCAGCAUCUCCCUGAUCAUGUGGAAUGCCCUCUACACGGCGGAGAAGGUCAUCAUUCGGUGGACCCUGCUCACUGAGGCCUGCUACUUCGGGGUGCAGUUCUUGGUGGUCACUGCCACGCUGGCCGAGACGGGCCUCAUGUCCCUGGGGAUCCUGUUGCUCCUGGCCAGCCGCCUGCUCUUCGUGGUCAUCAGCAUCUACUACUACUACCAAGUCGGCCGGAAACCCAAGAAAGUCUAGCCGGCCAGGGAGCUGCGGGCCUGGCCAGGGUGGCUGUGGGGCUGCGUUCCCCUUUGGCUCCCGGGAGGCAGGAGGGGCCCCUGCUCCUGCCCAGGCAGCCGGUGGCACCUUCCUUCUCUCCCGGGAAGUCCCCAGAUGUGGUGACCUCUGGCCUUUGGGUUUGACAUGCCAGCUUGGGGGAGAUGGGGCCAUGUACCCCAGUCCUCACCGCACACAGUGGCACCUCCUUCCCUGGGCACUCUUGGCCCCCCGGUCCCCUCGCCAGGCACCGGCUGAGGGUCGUGGUCCCAGCAGCAAGGGCUGAGUGGGCUCCUCCCCGGGGAAGCCCCCUCUCGUGGGAGAGGCUGUGGGCUGCCACCCCCUGACCCCACCCACCCAGGGCCCCAGCAGCUGAACCCGACUUCUCUCUCUGCCUGGAGAACCUGAGAACUUGACCCUGGCCAGUGUCCCUCAGUCUGGGCCCUCCGCACACRGGGCCCCGCACCUGAGCACGCAGCCCCGCCGAGGGCCAGAGGGCUGUCUCUGAGCUGAGCUUUCUGCGAGGAUGGGCCACCUGCCGCUGGACGCUCUGGCCCCUCCCCAGGCCUGUCCACCUGGGUCUCGGGGGCCUUGCUCUGGGCACUCUGCCCAUGUCCUCCUCACACUGAUGGACACACGGACUUGUAAGCUGUGGGCUUAGAAACGAGGAAGAAAACACUUGGUAUCUCCUUGUCCUUUGGCAUGUCCUCCAGGCCUGGUGUUCCCCUGUCCCAGCCCCUUGUCCCCCACUCCUUCCCAGGUGCUGCUGCCUGGCCCCUGGCCGCCCUAGCGUGGCUGGGUGGGGCUCGGUGCCCUCAGGCUCUGCAGGGGCAGUAGGUAGUAGCUUUCCAGCCUCCUGUCACCUCCCCCUCCUCCCGAAUCGCCCUGGAGACGGCUGUCAGUGGCCCCUGGCGCUGUGGGGCCUGGUCUGGUUCCUCCGUCCUCGCCCCCCAGCRCUGCCUCCCUGCAGCACCCAGGCUGCCCGAGGAGUGGGACAGUGUCCCAGGGACAGGUGUGCAGAGCCCCCGCCCCGGGCUGGCCUGCCUCCCUUCUGGGGACAGCGGGGUUGGCAGUAGGUGAGGUGGCCUGCAGGUGCGGUCAGCCCAGCUGCUGCCACAGAGAUGGUGGCAGGUGCCCCUCUGCCUGGGGACCCUCCCCUGCCCAGUCUGUGCCUAGUGUCCCUGCAGCCACACACCCGGUGGCCUGUGUCCCGCAGAGCGGUGGCUGUACCGGGUUACGUAGCUGGGGAGAGGGCCUGCUGGUGGCCGGGCUGUGCUGCUGGUCGUCAUGGCCUGGUGGUGUGGGAGGGCGCUCCGAGUGGGCACCCUCUCCUGGCCCUGGCCCUGGCCCUUGGGUCUCCCACCUCCCACCUCCUGUGCUGAGCCUGGAGCCCGGCCCUGUCUGCGUGGACCUUUGAAGACCAGCUGGUCCCAGUGGUGACAGCUGGCCUGUCCUCCCCAGAGCUGCUGGACAUGUGGGUCCCAUCCCUCUGGGGAGACCCAAGCCCUCGCUGUGGUCAGGCCGCAGUGGCAUCUGCAUGGUGGGGGCCACCGGUCGGAGACACUGGGCUGCGGGGUGCGGAGGGCAGCCGGCCUUGGCCUGGGGGUGACAUGGAGGGUCACACGGCCCAAGUCGCACAUGGCACUGAGCCUGGGGAGCUGGGCGAGGGCACGGCCCACAGGAGGUCUGUGUGGCUUGGGGGCAGCAGGUGGGGGGACAUCAAGACGGGGAUGACGUGUGGCUGGGAAGGAGGCCAUGACAGGGCAGGGGUGGGCCCGGGUCUCAGGAGGGAAGCCGGGGGCCUCUGCCUUCGAGCUGGGGGUGCCCGGCCGCCCCUGC